ACUGGGAUCGAAAAACGCGUCAACUGGAAUUUUCUUUUUCCCCGGAAUUUCUACGCUCAAUUUUUACCGAUUUUCCUCGAAUUUUUUGCGUUUUUUCGCAAAUUUUCAUUGAAAAAUCAUGUCGGACACAGCGGACAGUCUAUCAGCACGUGGAAUCCCAAAAAGCGAGCUCAUUGAAGACGUCGAGUCAUGGCUCACAAAGGAGAAGCUUUCGAUCGAGGAAGCCGAAGUUGUGCUCCGUGAGAAAUACGGAAAGUACAAAUACGUCGAAUCAUCGAUGCUCGCUCAAAAAGUACGAAUGAGCGAAAAAAUCCCGGAAUUCGAGAACAGUUUGAGCAUUAUCGACACAUUAAUCGCGAAAAGAGCCGCCGAUGAGUCGUUCGAGACGACUUUCCUGCUCUCCGAUGAUGUCUACACAAAAGCCACUGUUCAGAAGCCCGAGAAGGUAUCAAUCUGGCUUGGAGCCAACGUAAUGGUCGAAUAUGACCUUGAAAAUGCUCGAAAACUGCUCGACAAAAACCGUGGCUCCGUUCAAAAAGUGGUCGACGAGCUGACAAACGAAUUGUCAUAUAUUAAGGAUCAAAUCACCACAACCGAAGUCAACAUGUCCCAUAUUGUCAAUUUUGGAGUUAAUAAACGUCGUGCCGCUCUCGCUGUCAAUAAUGGAGCGAAAUAAUUGAUCAAAAUUACACAAUUUUCCCCGUUUUUCGCCCGAAAAAUCUCUUGAAAUCCCCUUUAAAAUCCCAUUUUUUGAUUGUUUCUGCUGAAUUUUUGUUGAAUUUUCCGUAUUUUUGUCCCGCCACAUCCCCCCGAUUUGCUUUUAAAUUUUGCUAUAAUUUUUCGCCAAUUUUUCAUAAAAUUCAAAAAUCCAAAAAAGUGCAGAAAUUUUGAAAACAAA